AUGCCACGUAAGCUACGUAAGAAUAUACGUAAGAGGAAGAGAGCAUUGAAACAUCCAAUAGUAAAACUGACACCACAACAACAGUUGCAACAACAAAUUAUGAAUGACCCCACUAUGUUGCAACAAAUGUCAAGCAACCCUAUGCUUUUAAACCGAGUUAUUGGUGCACAGAGUGGAGGUUUAAGAGCGGCACUUUUAGCGAAAAUGGCAGGCUAUGGUGGAGCUGCAGACGGAACAGCUUAUAACCCUCAAAGUCAAAUGAAUUUGAGUUCACUCAAAAAUCAAAUAACAGAUGUCAAAAAGUCAAACAUAGACAUACAGAAACAAAUAAGUGAAAACGAAAAGAAACUAGAAUAUGACAGACACACAAAGAAACUCAAUGAGUUAAACGUAGAGAAAAAGAAGAAAGAAGAACAACUGAAAGAACUAAGUACAGAGGAAUAUGCGAAAAAAGUGUCAGAAAAAGCAGCAGAAGUAGCAAAAAUGGAACAAGAUGUUAUAAAUUUGAAAAACCAUACUACUCAAUAUAAAGUACUGAAAGAUGAAGAGAUAAAACAAAAAGCCCUGAAGACAUAUAUGGAUAGCGAUGAGUAUAAAAAAGAAGUUGAAGCAAAUGUAAAGGCAGAAAAACUUUUACAGUUGCAAAACCAAACCGUACAGUAUGAAAACUUAGCACAAGAAAGUAAAAAUAACGAUGCAGCCAUGCAAAAGGCAAUGAAAAGCGCAGAAUAUAUAAAAGCUAAUAAUGACUGGUUAAAUGCCCAAGCCAACGCUAAAGCAGCCCAACUUAUAGGGUCAAUAAGGACAAAAAUACAAGCGGAUGAAGACAGUUCAAAUGAAGCUUUAAUGAAUGCUGACUUUAAGAACGCCUUCGAAGCUCUUCAUAGUAAGGUGAAACUAGUGAACGACUUCUCAUCUGGAAAGAAACUGAAGUCUGAAGGUUUCGACAACGAGUUAAGAGAAGUAGCACAAAAUAUGACGAAAAUAACAGAUGCAGCAACGAGACAGGCAGUUCAAAGUGCCUAUGACGCCGUUAGAGCAACUGUUGUGGAAAGUCAAGAAAAAGAGUUACAACAGACCAAAACAGACCUAGUAAAUGCUUUCUUAAAAACGAAAAGUCAGGUAGGACAUUAUGCUGCAGAUGGAACAUAUGUGCCAGCUGGUGGAACUUAUAUACCAGCUGGUGGAACUUAUUUACUAGCUAGUGGAACUUAUAUACCACCAAACCCUCCAAGAGAAGCACCUGCACCAGGACUACCUAAAACAUUUACAUCGUCACAUGGACACAGACACAGGCAUGCACCAAAACCAACACAACAACCAACACAACAACCAACAGUUCAAAACACUGCACCACAACCAACAGUUCAAAACACUGCACCACAACCAACA